AUGCCGCAAGAAAACCGAGAAGAAGAAGGUUUGGCUAAAAAUCCUGAUCUUCAGCUUGCCCAAUGGAAAUUUUUGCUUAUGACUGAUAAAUACAAGAAUGAUGCAGAUAUUAGGAAGAAAAUUAUGGAAAAAGUCCAAGAAGAUAGUAUGGCUCCCUUUUAUGAAGAUGUGUGUGUGGGUCAGCUUAAGUUUCCUCUUGAUGCUGACCUUUUGAAAAAAAUGAAAGAGAUCAAUUCAAGAGAUCUUAAAAAGAUUGAAGAAAAGAUUGAAGAUGCUGAGAAAAAUCUGGGAGAAACAGAAGUCAGAGAUUUCAUGUUGGAAAAAGCAGAAUAUUUGUGUCGGAUUGGAGACAAGGAGGGAGCUUUGACUCAGUUCCAGAAGACUAGUGAUAAAACUGUCACUCUUGGUUACCGUUUGGAUUUAGUGUUCCAUUUGAUCAGAAUUGGUCUUUUUUAUAUGGAUCAUGAACUUAUUACCAGAUACUUGGAGAAAGCACAAACGUUAAUAGAUGAAGGUGGAGACUGGGACCGACAGAACCGUUUGAAAGUCUAUCGAGGUGUCUACUGUAUGUCAAUACGUGACUUUAAGAAGGCGGCUUCUCUUUUCCUGGAUACUGUUGCCACAUUUACUUCCUAUGAACUCAUGGAUUAUCCUACCUUUGUAACAUAUACUGUCUUUUGUUGUAUCAUUGCUCUUGGACGACCUGAACUUCGGGAAAAAGUCAUCAAAGGUUCAGAAAUUCUGGAAGUCCUGCACAGCUUACCCCGAGUGCGAGAAUUUCUCUUCUCUCUCUAUGACUGCCAUUAUGCCACAUUCUUCAAAGUUCUUGCUUGGGUUGAAGACACAAUGAAAUAUGAUCGCUUGUUAUCUCCCCAUUAUCGCUACUACAUUCGUGAGAUGAGAAUUGUUGCUUACUCCCAACUACUUGAGUCUUACCGAAGUCUUACUCUAGCUUAUAUGGCUGAUGCUUUUGGAGUUACUGUAGAAUUUGUAGAUCAGGAAUUAUCUAGAUUUAUUGCUGCUGGACGCUUACAUUGCAAGAUUGACAAGGUUGGUGGCAUUGUAGAGACAAAUCGACCAGACAGUAAGAAUUGGCAAUAUCAGGCAACCAUCAAACAUGGCGAUAUUCUCUUGAAUAGAGUUCAAAAACUCAGUCGUGUGAUCAAUAUAUGA